AUGAAAUAUCUACUUAAAGAUACGAAGAUCAUCACACAAUAUUUGCAUCGGCAAUUUUAUUUAUUACAGAUAACGUCAGGAAAUAGAUCACAAAGAUUCCUUUUCGAUUCAAUCUUCGGUCUAGAAGUCCCGCUUUUGGACGAGCAAAGUGUGGAAGAUGAUGAAGAAGAUACAACCCAGGUCAGGAACUGUUCGUGUGAAUGUGGCAGGGCAAAUCCACUUCCUAAGAAGAUUGAUUGCGGAGGUGGGCCAAACCAGGAAAACCGCAUAGUCGGCGGGUUUCCGGCUGGGCUCAACCGGUACCCGUGGAUGGUGAGGCUGGUCUACGAUGGUCAGUUUCACUGUGGAGGAUCCCUUGUUACUAAGGAGUAUGUCGUCACCGCCGCACAUUGUGUCAGAAAAUUAAAACGAUCGAAAAUUAGAAUAAUACUGGGCGAUCACGACCAGACAUUGACCACGGAGAGCGCAGCUAUAAUGCGUGCUGUCACGUCCAUUAUACGACAUCGCAGCUUCGACGCGGACUCAUACAACAACGAUAUUGCCCUGCUGAAGCUACGAAAACCAGUCACCUUUUCGAAGAUCAUCAAACCUGUAUGCUUGCCUCCCGCAAGUGUAGAUCCAGCAGGCAAAGAAGGUAUAGUGGUGGGUUGGGGUCGUACAUCAGAGGGUGGUCAGCUACCCGCCAUAGUUCAGGAAGUCCGCGUCCCAAUUUUGUCUCUACAGCAAUGCCGUGGAUUGAAGUACAGAGCUUCACGCAUCACUAAUAACAUGCUUUGCGCGGGUCGAUCAUCAACAGACUCAUGCCAAGGCGACAGUGGCGGCCCCUUGUUGGUACAGCAAGGGGACAGAUACCAGAUUGUUGGUAUAGUAUCGUGGGGUGUUGGUUGCGGUCGGCCAGGAUAUCCCGGUGUCUACACACGUAUAACACGAUAUCUGCCCUGGCUUCGCGCUAAUUUAAGGGAUACCUGUCUAUGCGGUGAUUAA